AUGAUCCCUGCCGAGCAGCAACAUCCUACCAACACCACAACGGUCGCUUUUUACCCUGAUCAUCCUCAUCUGAUGGCCCCACAUUAUCGCUAUCAUCAUCCUCAUCGCCACAACAGCUAUCAUCAUUACGAUCAACGAUCCAUGCCUAUGGGGCAGCAGCAGCAACAACAACCAUCACAACAACAACAACAGCAUCAUCUUUUAAAUCGCAAGCGGUUAUCUACGAGCAAAACAGCUACUAUGCUUAUGGAUAAGCCAAGAAAGUCAUCCACCACGGUGAUGCCUUAUCCUCUUCGUAGGCCACUGUUGUCGCCAUCAUCACCCGAACGCCUGUUGCUGCUCGACGAGGUUAUCCCCGUUGAAGCACAAAAGCCAUCACCUUCAACAUCUUGUUCAUCUUCUUCGACCACCUCCUCAUCACCUUCUCCAAGGAUACUACAACCUCCUCAUACUACAACUUCAGCAACAUCGAAACCCAAUACCAGUACCACACACCAUUUACCACCAGCAACACCAGCAAGGACAUUAUCGCCACCAUCAAUGUACUAUUUUACAUGGCUGGUAUUCUUGCAUGAGAAAUGGGUUCCAUUUGAUGCUGCCAAUCAAUCCAAGCUGGAGCAAACGCUUACCUUGGGUGGUACCUUUGUUGAUGUUUCGGAUACCCAUUUCCCAAAAGUCAAGCGUGUGCGUGUGUUUCCAAAGAACAAUUACCUCUCGUACUUGGGCGUCAAGUAUCGCUUGUCGCGAAUCAUGCAACCCGAUGCUUGGCUUGAUCAUAAACAUUUGGCUGCUACGUCGUCGUCUUCGCCUGAUGAUGAGGCGAUUGAUAACAGCUGCAAUCGAGAAAACGCUGGUAUCAAUGGCAACCACAGCAGUGGUGCAUCGCCAUGGAUACCGUGA